AUGCCCCCCAAAGCUGUUGUGGAAAACGAUAUUGAAACUGUCACUUUUCUACUUGCUGGGGUCCGGAUCUCUAUUUCUGCUAGACCUGCUGCGGCCGAUUCUCAGGGAUCAGUUUCAGGUUUCGAGGUUGUGAGUUCCGCUGCCUCUGAAGCGAGUGCACCUGAUCAGUCUCCUGUGGCACCAUCUGCUGCAGUAGACGCCCUUGCUUUGGAAGCGACCUCAGCCUUGGCUUUUGCAGCAUUGCCAGUGCCUCAAGUGGAUCUCUUGGAGCGCCAGUUGCGUGGUUCCCACUCUACUUGGACUUCACGAGCGAGAUUGGGUAGAGCUUUUCGAGCGGGUGUAGCCGCUCGUGAGCGGUUGUUGGGUAGGGAGUGCGCGAUUGCCUCACCUACCAUUCCUUUCCAGAACUCCAUCUACAUUGUCCUUCGCUGCAAUUCCUACCCUCAGGGUUUUUGGACUUCCAGCUAUCGUACAUACAUUGAGGUGGUGGGAGAUCGUCGAGGUCUCCAGCAUCAGUCACGCCUUUCCAUCCCGUGCAGAGGCGACGGCCUUUUUGGCUGGGGCAGCCCGGCCAUGGCCCGAAGAAGUCCAAUGAGUGGGCCUCUCACCCGAGAGGCCGCAGAAGGCUUGUUGAGUCAGCCUUCUGCUCAGAGAGCAUUGCCAGAGAUCCAUCUUCCCCUGCCAGAGGAGGGAGACAAUUUUGCUUGUGUUGCAUGCCAUUUAGUAUACCUGAGGGAGAAUGGUUUUAUGAUCGUGAUCCCGUGUGCCGACGCAGCUCACAAUGCUGUAGCCGCCCUGAGCGAUGCCUCAGGCGAAGAUGCACCCAUGUUCUUUGUAGGUUCUUGCGAAGUGGAAACUGUCAGAGGGCGAAACAUUGGCCAAGCCGACGUAGAGCUGGUGGAUUUGCCUUGGCUGCACAUAGGUUCUUCCAGCAUCCAAGAACCGGACGGCAAGCUGUCCCCCGAGUACCUCACCGGAGAGGAGUUGGAAGCCGAAGCGGAGCCCGACCGCAGUCCACCUGCAUCCGCACAGGAGCAGGCUUCUGUGACAGAGCUCAAAGCUCAAAUCCAAGCGCUGAAAGCCCAGCUUGCCUCAGCUCAACCUGUAGCAGUUCCUCCUCCGCCGCCAAAGACGCCCAGUCUGUUCAAUGUAGGAGUGACGCCCAAAGUGUCGGCAGCCGAUUGGACCAAGCUGAAGCAGUUGGCAGGCUCGCCCCCGCCCAGAGUAGGGGCAACAGAGACUCGCCGAUCCUUGCCUGCCACCACGCAGAUGGCUCAGUUCGAGACCGAUUAUGUAGAGGAAGAGCGCGAGGUAGCCGAGCCAGGGGUUGCAGGAUUGGAGCUUCCUGCUCAGAUCCAGUCGGCCGACCCGGCCCAGCAGUUGAUGUUCCUCCAGAUGCAACAGAAUGCCGUUUUGCUCCAGAAGCUGGUGACCAAACACUCAGACCCUGUGCUGGGGGCUUUGUCAGGCGGCAGCGCCUCGGACAGCGGCGGAGGAAGCAGCUCAGGAGUCAAAGGAUGCCUGGCCCGGGAGGUGUUUUUACGGGCAGUGCAAGAUCUUACCAAAGUUGCCGACUCAACUCGGGCCAAUCUGCUGAGAGAGCUAGGGAUUCCAGCCAGCCGAGAGGAUGGAAACUUGAUGAGGAAGUAUGUAGAGAGGAAAAUUCCUCUUGCAGAACAUCGACUCCUUUCCCAGUUUGCCUUCAUGAUCGCAGAGAGCUGGAACAUAGGAACCUCCGUACCAAAUCCUAGUAUCGCACAAGAGACGCAGCGGCCUGCAACAGUUCUGCCGGAUUUGUGGCGUUGGACCGAUGCAAGUCGCCUGAAUCCACGACGUCGACGUCGUUUGCGCUUUUUAAGAGCUCGGCAUGAGUGGCUGCAGUUAGUCAUAGCUAGUUUGAACUGGGAGGUCCUGGGGUUUCCAAAAGAACCCCCACCUCGCGCUCAACUAGGGGCGCCAAUCUCUGAAGCGCAGCAUCAGAUUGUUGAACGUCUCGAGUCGAUGCUUGGCCAUUUUCUUUGCAUGCCAGACUUUGAAGUGGAUGACUUGGGCCGUGCUCAAGAAAAAUUUUCAGGCGUAAUUCAAAUGGUGAAGGAACUUCCUUGGUGCAAACUAGGGUUAGAGGACCUCCAAAAAUUAGCUGUUCAGCUGAAGCAUGAUUUGGAUUCCUAUGGCAGUCAUUUCAAGCAGAAGCCUAGUCCUGUUUUUCAAGAAGAGCACCCAUGUCAUGCAUGUCCGCCACGUACAGUUAAGCAUCCAGCUGGCAUUAAUGCCAAACCAGUUGUCUCAGAACGGGUGAAGUGGAACAGCCCUCCUUCUUUUGAUGCAACUCCUUUUUUAGAUGAUUUGCUUGUUCGUGCAGCGUAUGCUGAUCCUGACGUGCUCCGAAAGGAUAUUGAGACGUGGCCGCCUGCUCACCCGGCGAGAGUCCAUUGUUCCAAGAGCGAACUGCUGGAGCUGGCACGACGAUGGGACCAGCCCGGAGCAUGUUCCCUCAUGCCAGCCUGUGAAAAAGACUUUUCUGAAGCAGUAGGCCUGUUUUGUGUCCCAAAAGAUAGGAAUGCCAUACGCAUGCGUUUCUCUUGGGAGGAUGUCCAGGCUUUCAAGCGUUUCAAACCUGAGUUCAGGGGUCAGGAUCUGUUGGUGUGUUUGAGCACGCUCGCCAUGGGCGACAGCCUUGCAGUUGAAAUAGGCAGUGGCAAUUGGUCUCAUGUCCAUAGCUCUCGCGGCCUGACUUGCCAUGAUGGUUUUGAUGUGGAUGGGAAGCGCCUCCGCGUUUCUGACUUGGCUGACAUGUCCACCUUCCGAGAACUCGUGGCCCUGGCAUAUCGCCGUGUGAUCAGCUGCUUCGUGAGUGUAGAGCAGCCCAAGAAUUCACGACUUUUUCGACUUCACUGCUUUCAGGUCAUGGUGGUCCUUCAGGGGUCAGUAGCCUAUGUGUUAGGCAGUGAGUUGUAUCCCGGCCUUUUGCACACAGCUUCAAAGGACAACCGAGCUGAUGAACCGUCCCGAGACCGAGAUGUGCGACCGCCCAGUUUUGCACCUCCGGCCUGGUUGUCCGAUCUCUUGCGUGGUGACCCCAAACGUUUUGACAUGGUAGUACAAUCCAGCUCCAUCAGCAAGAACCCAGCACGGUGGUUGCGAUUCCUCCUGAUGCUUUGUGGUGACAUCGAGCCGAACCCAGGGCCUUUCCGAGGUCAACUCGAUUUAACUGUUGGCUUUGUUGCUGCGACUUCACAGCGCAUGGCGCGCUGCCUGGAAGGAUUUAAGAUUUGGGUCCGAGACGUAGCAGAGAUAGACUGGCUUCCUUUGACUGAGGAUCCCCAAGCUCUUGCAAUAGCUCUUCGAGCGUAUGGGUUGUACUGCUUCGAGCAUGGCCAUCCUCGCUAUCUUUUUGUGUAUGCCAUCACUGCUACGCAGGACCUUUUCCCUUUGUCGAGAUCUUUCAUGUCGGUAGCCUGGCAGAUUGACAAGAAAUGGCAAAUCCAUGAACCUGGCACUUCGCGUGCCGUACUUCCUGCUCUAGUGGUCAGAGCAGCAGUAUGA